GCAUGCGUUCGCUGCAUGCGUUUCGUUAUAUAAACGCGUCUCCUUUGUUCUGUUGUACUGAAAUUAAUAAUUGUGAAAAUGCAAGUUUUUCAAAUGUCGUGAGUAAAUGAAUGUAGUGAAUGGGCGAGGUCACCAUCUAGUACUCGUACGAUAUACUCUAGAACGAAACGCGCAGACUCCGACUUGACUGGGGCGCUGGAAGCGAAUAAAUCGCGUGUUAACAAACUCAAGAUUACGUUGCCAGGCUCUACAGCUAACUAAUACACUUGCUCCGGUGAAUUAUGUCUACCUUUUAACGAAUAUGACUAUGGAUGGCGGAUUCGAGUAAGGUUCAUGUGAAGCCGGCCUUUGCAUAAAGUUUACUAGUGUGAGUGGUGGACGGUGAGUCACUGCACUGCGAUGUGAGCGGGUGAGGAAUGAUGGACGUGCAACUAAGUGAACAGACCAAGUGGCAUCGGGGAGGCUUCCUCUCCACUCUCAACAGAAGUUUCCGCCUGGUCACCAAAUCUAAAAGCUUCAACACUUCCCUCGUAGAGAAUAAAACUACUGAACAAAUUCUGGACAUGACCACGAAGGGUCUUAAUGCGACAACUGAGACGCCCACAGCGUUACGGCCGUUAGAAAUCGUGGCUCCUAGAAUAGAUACGUAUAGAUUUUCAAUGGCUAACUUGGAGGAGACGCAAGACGCCGACCUGGAUGCCAUACUCGGAGAGCUUUGCGCGCUCGAUUCCGAAUAUGACGAGGAAAUAUCGAGAGUAUCUGCAGACUAUUCUUCACAAUCCAAAGACAGAGGAGACGGCGAGACAUCACAGCGUCAGGAGCGCAAGGAGUGUGGUGAUGGGGCUUCCAGCAUUGCACGCACUGACUCCCCAGACAACGACUCUGCUUUUAGUGAUACUGUAUCUAUGCUUUCUAGUGAAUCUUCUGCGUCAAGUAGUGCUAGCUCUAAAUGUAAGGCAAUAAAAUUAAGUCUACUCCCAAACCAAAAGGAUGAGGUUUUUCAACAGAAAGCGGACAAAAUCAAGUUAGCAUUGGAGCGUAUGCGAGAGGCCAACAUAAAGAAGCUAUUCAUAAAAGCGUUUUCCACGGAUGGCUCCUCGAAAAGCUUAUUAGUGGACGAAAAAAUGACAUGCGGCUACGUUGCAAGGUUGCUAGCGGACAAAAACCAUGUCACGAUGGAACCGAAGUGGGCGAUAGUCGAGCAACUGCCGGAUUUGCAUAUGGAACGGGUGUACGAAGACCACGAGAUGCUAGUCGAUAAUCUAAUGCUGUGGACGCGGGAAUCUAAAAACAAGAUAUUGUUCGCCGAAAGAUCAGACAAAAUAUCACUUUUCCAGAACCCAGAAAAGUUCCUGCUUACUGAAGAUGAUAGGGGUUGGUCCAGCGAACACGAUGAGCAUUCACGUCAAGUAAUAAUAGAAGAUUUUUUUGGACAAAGCGGCGCUUCUUCCGUAGUCCCCUCCGUAUCAGGCAAUCCCGUCCCAUCGAUGGAAGGCCCUCUCUAUCUAAAGAGUGACGCGAAAAAGGGAUGGAAAAAGUACUAUUUCGUCUUACGGCCAUCUGGGCUGUACUAUUUACCGAAAGAUAAGGUGAAGACGUUGAAAGAGCUAGUGUGCUUGGCGACUUUCGACACUAACGAGGUGUACUUAGGAUUGAAUUGGAAGAAAAAGUAUAAAUCACCUACGGAUCACUGCUUCGCAAUCAAGCAUCCGAGGCUGCAACAACCAAAGAGCGUUAAGUUCAUAAAGUUCCUGUGCGCCGACGACCAGAAGACGUUGGAGAGAUGGAUCACAGCCAUGCGAAUAGCUAAGCACGGCAGACAAUUGCUGGAAAACUACCGAUCACUGGUGGAAGAGUUGACUCAAGAAGACCUAGACCACUUGGCACAUGCACGAUCUUGUUCUAUAACAUCAAUCCCCACAAAGACAAAUGGCACGGUGCCAGUUGGGGGCAACGGCCCCGCGCAGUCUACCUCCAGCAAUGUCAGCGCUGCCAACUCCGACAUCAGCAGCGGAAGACACUCGCGUGCUUCGUCGUCGAGUUCAAGUGGUUGCCUCUCCGAUGGCGGGACUGCAUCCGAAAGUGCGUUUGACUGCGAGUUUCCUAUGGGUACCAUAAAACGUAAACCCUCAAUGAAACCUAACAUCCCCCUGACAUGGAUGACUCGACAGCUAAAAGAAAUGGUGGAAAACGAAGGUGACACGGACCCUGGUGACUCUGGGACGCUGACGAGGCGGUCACGAUCGCGCGACGACUCGACUCUCAAACGACACCACUCGACAGCUGCAGAAACGUCAAACGCCCCCAUCUAUAGCACCGGCAGCAUCACUUCCAGCAGCCCGAGUCGUAACGAACAGACCUCCCCGACUUAUGGCCAUUAUGAGACUAUCGCACGGGACCCCUACAGAGCGAGUGUCGAUACCGCAUCUUCUCUCUACGGUUAUACGAUCUAUGACAAGACGCAACAAGUGCAAGAAGUAGCUGUCGAGGAUCUACCACUGCCACCUCCGCCAACAGAUGAUGUUCCCGACGGAAUGUUUAGCUCGACUCUGAGUCUGGACUCGUUACCACCCCCUCCACCGCCUCUCGACCCAAUCGAAGACAUUUGCGGAUCUCAACUCAGUCUUCCACCGCCUCCUCCAGAACAUGCAAUGGAAGCCCACACUGGACGUGUGCAAGACAUCGUUAGUCAAUUAACAGCACAACAAAUAGAACAAGCAUCUCGAGCCGGACAAAGAAAUAGCGUUCGCAUAGCGGACCCGAGUCGCUCGUUCCCGAGACAACCAUCUCUAGACAGCGUCCAUUCCGAUACUUCCAAAACAUCCUCUCUUCAAUCCGAUAAAAGCAUUUAUGGUCAACAAAACGUUGCAUACGGCGCUUGCCUCGUCGAGUUACAGACCAAAAAACUCAGCAACGGCAGCCCCUCUAUACAGAGAAAAGUGACGGAACCGGCGAAAGAACGAUCUAGCUCUAUGAAAAAAGUCAACUUUGCAGAUGAUCUCUCGACUUGUUCAGAAAAGAAAAACAAGAAAAUCACCUUUAAUUUAACAGACGCCCCGCCGUCACCAAGGAAACCACCACCACCGAAGCGUAAUGAAAGUACGCGUCUGUCAUCCCCGAAAAAACUCGCCGAUUCAAACAGCAACCCGCCUAAAGACUUUCUCAAGGAUCUGCAGCGAGUGAUGCGGAAGAAAUGGCAGGUUGCACAGAAAUGUAAACUGGAACCGGCAACGACGCCGCACGAAGUGCUGGGUUUCAGGGAGUAUCCACUGUCGGAUGAUUAUAAGGAAACAAGUGUAUCGAUGUGGGUCCAGGAACAUUACGGAAGCGGGUCCGGAGUAGAAGAUCCCUUUUACGAGAACGUUUUCGGGAGAGAGGCACCACCGAGGCGUGAGGAGCCAAAACCUAUUAAGAAACGGCCACCCCCAGCGCCACCUCGACGAAGCGACUCUACUCACUUAACAACGCACCCCGGACUACCCGGCCCUCCGCAUUCCUCCCUGCCUGCACAUCCUUCCGCGGUCCAACCGACCGCUUGAGACCGCCUGAACAUAUCGCUCGCGUUGUGUGGACUCGCCUGUCGAAUGUGUGACGCGCGUAAUUCCAACCGUUGAACUCCACGACGAACAAUAUGUUGUGAUAGAGUGACGAACAGUGAACCGCGAGCGAUUAAAUUAGUGAACUUUCGAGUUUUGUAUCAAUGUACAUGCUAUGUGUAAUGUAGUACCAAUUUACUGUCCAUAAUUGCAUAAAUGUAGUGAUUUUAUGUAGUGAUGACAAUUUUAACGAGUCCCUAAAGUAACUGAUUUGCACAACGUGGGAUGUCGGUAUGAACUUAAAAUCAGUUUCAUUAAUAUCUUAAAGGAUGGAACACAGUUCUCAAUAAUGUGUGAAAAUGUGACCAAUGGUAGGUAAAUUCGAAGGUGUUAGGUAAGGUUGGAACAAGAUUGAGAUAAAUUGUAUGGCGGUGCUAUUAAGAAGACUAUGUAAGUUGAAUUUGCAGGUCCAGUUAAAAACCAAAAUUUCUCUAAGUAGGUAUUUUGUUAAAUUUUUUUUGUUAAAUUACACUGAUUAAUAUUGAUUAUUUUAUUGAUUGACUUGCUGAUGCUCGCGACUUCGUCCACGUGUGAGAAACCUAAAUCCACGCAGACGAAGUUGCACCCCAACUUUUUUGACAUCUCGCUAACGAACAACGAUAUCAAAUGAUUGAAUGAAAAUAAAAAUAGAUAAUUCGAUAUUGUUAGCCAGUCAGGUUACAUGGCUUUGUAGAUAUUCAUUUGUAUGAGAAAUGCAAUAUUCCUAAUAUGUGCCAUAGUUAUGAAUACAAUUAAAGUUUAAUUGGUCUUAAUUUCCCAGAUCUCAGCAUUUUAUGAAAACUAGGUAGGCACUUGUUGUACGCGACAGGCUGAGAUGGCAAUCGGGGUGGGGACGCCCCACACACUCGCACAGCCCCCGCCUUAACCCUGCGUGGGAUACCAGGGGUGACGUGCGGGUGUGCGGGGCGUCCCCCGCCUCAUACCCCGCUUGCCAUCUCGACCUGUCGCGUACUAUACACAAUUAAAAAAAUGAAAAGCUUCAGAUAGGUAUAACAAAAACAAUUGCGUGUCAUUGUGUCGAGGAAUAUCUUUACGCGUUUUAUGUAGAUUAAAUUACUUUAGAUUUAUGAUUUAAUAGAAAAACAACACUGUUGAGGCGUAAUGUAGUAAAAAUUAAAGUUUUAUUACUUAAGAUAGGUACCCAUUUUAGUACAUAUUGUAUCGUAUUGGCAUACGAGCGUGAAAUGCGCACAAAAAAUGAUAGUCCCAAACUACCCUUACGCAGUGCGUUUGCGUGCACUAAACGCUAAACAGCUUAGCACAUUAUUUUCAAAGUCAAGUAAAAUUAGCAGUAGAGACUCGAUUAUCCGGACCUCAGUCGGUCAAUCGCAAUGAAGUAACUUUGUAGUAAGAUUGCAAUACAUGUUUUAAUAAUUAAAGAAAAUAUUAUGUAUUUAAGUAGAUAGAUAUUAUGUACGAUCGAAAAUGUAUCUUUAUUCUUUUAAUAAACAUUGAUUUUUGUUGAUAAGUUCGAUUUGUAUUUGUUAUAAAUAUUUGUUAAUAAUAUGUAUGUACAAAAAUCGCUUUUCUUCAGUUAUGAAUUAUCCGGAUUCUGGGUUAUACGAAUGCCUUACGACAACAAUUAGUUCGGUUAAUCGAGUCUCUGUAUUCAACUUUUGCGUAAAUAUUUUGAUGGUUGCGCUACGAUUAUAAUAUAGAUACUAAGAAAUAUUUUCUGGUAACAGAAUAUAAACUGCCAUACUACAUUGAAGCAUAGACUCGCAUUGAUGUGUGAUAAUCAUAAAUCUCCAAUAUUUGUGAUCUCACUCCUGCGUUAAGUAUCCAUUUUUUGUGGGCUGUGAUAUUGACCAAUAUAACUAUGAGAUCUAAAAAAAUUAGGAACUCCCUUUUGACCUAUAAUAACACGGACGGAAUAAUAAAGUGUAAAAUGAAGAAUAAUCAUUGUUGUUUAUUUCCCACCACAACACGUUGAAAGAAGUUGAAAGAAACCGUCCUUCUUGUUUGGACCUAUAUUCCAAUUAUUUUAUAGUGUUUGUACUUUUAUAAGCAGGUGUUACUUUAGAUGAAUUUUAAGAGGCUUAUGAAUUUAAAUUUAAAUAAAAAAUAGGAAAUAUGGGCACUAUUAUGAAAAUGUAAACAUAGCUUUUAUUUAUAGGCUAUGUAAUUUUUGAGGAGACCUGAAGUAUGCGAUCAUCUUCUAGAUUUUUGGUACUUUACAGACAAUUGUUUAAAGAUAAAUAUAAUAAAUCUUAAAUUAUUCUACCUGCAGGUUCAGUUGGAUUUAUAUUUAACGUUCUAAAUUACUUACCUACAGCAUUUUUAUUUAAACUCGUAACCAUCGUUUCAUAACUACCUACUUAAUCAGUAAAAAUUCACAGAUAGUAUCUUUUCUUUUCUCUGGACUCUAUCUAAUUUUCAAUUAGUAUUCCUAUUUGUAUUUGAUUUGUAUUACAACAAUUGUUUUAUUUAUGCAUAAAUUUAUCAAUGAUUUAAGGAUUACGAAAAAAACGCCGGACUGACUAAAUUAGCAGAAUUUUUCUAGUAUAAUUGCAAAUAGUCUUUUGAUGUGGUUGCUUAAUAUGCAGCGACGACAAAAAAAGCAGGAUUACUUGUACUUAGUAGAAAUUAUAUAGGCACUUGAAAUAUUUUUGCAGUAAGUCCAUCCGAAUAACAUUCAGCUAGUAAGACUGAAAAUUAAACCGACUUUGACAAUAAAUUUGCGUCCAAAACAUGUUCCGGGUCCUUUUGGAUAAUACAUACAUGUACCCACUCAUAAUUUUUAUUUCAAAGUUAAAAAAAAGAUAAAGUUUGAAUAAAGUUUAACUCUAUGUCAUCUGAUAUUUUCAAGCAUUGUUACUUUAUAACAUAGACAUACAAUUUUCGCUUCGCUCAUUUAUAAUACGUAUAAGUACUUACAGUGGAAUAGAUUACUGUCCAUUGGCAAUCUGUCGACAGUUUGCAAUCUCACUAUAUCAUAAAUACUAACAAUGCUUACAAUUUUUCGUUAACAUAAAUGAGUACUUAUAUCAAGUUCCGUAGGUGCCUAUUUGUUCGAAAAGAAUGUAUUACUUCAAACCGAAAGAAAAUAUUUGUAUGAAAUUAAAAUUGAAUAAAACAGGGCGACUUAUGAUUUUUUAAGUGAAGAAUUCUUUUUGUAUUGGUUUACGUUUAGAAAAAAGUAUUAGUUAAAUAUGUAUGAAAGAUAAACAUUAUUAUUAAAAUAGAUUGUGCCCGUUCCUGCUUAAGCAAUCCUCAUUUAAGCAGUAAGCCCCUAAUGAACCAAAGGAAUGAAACUAAAAAUUGAAACCUUACAACCGAGCCAUAGAAAUCUAAGACUGCGGUACCAAAGCUCCGGGUUUGAAAAGAGCUACUUAUUAUGGCUAAUUAUUCUAUUGUACACAUCUCUAAACUAAACUGAAUUAACAUGUCUAAAUCUAGUGCUAUCCUUUUCUGGUGGGAGCAUUUUGAAAGGGCAUCAUAUUUAUAGCUAUCAUUUCAGUUCAGAGACUAUGUACAACAGAUUUAACAUUGUGAAGCCAUUCGUUUCAUUCUCUCUAUUCUAUCUCUGGGUAUUCUCUUUUGGGUCGUAUUUUAGAAAAGCGUCCGUUUUAAAACUAGGUUAUGGCGGCAAGCGUGUCAGAUUCAUGUUGCAACCUUCUACCGUACGCUAUGCUGCCAAGAGAGGGCCUCGAAAUAUGACCAAUAAAAUAUGUAAUACUAAUGUUAAAGGCAUAACGCAUAGCUGAGCGCCCUGCGGUAGUAGAGAGGUGCGGGGGAAGUGUGAUGAUGUGAUGCGAUGACGAUUCGUCACACCGCGCCACGACCACAGGAGCCUACUCAGUGUGCGCUAUACCUAUAGAUACUUAUCUCUAUGGGCCUACCAUGAUAUUGUAUUAAUUUCCAUGACAUAUUAUUAUCUCUUAAGAAACCGAACAUUUGACAGUUAAUAGAAACGAAAGAAAUGUGUAUCCGCCGACUUUUGUAUGUUUUAAAAAUAAGAUUAGUUUAAAAGAUAGAAAAAUGAAUGGUGGAGUAGUAGUUUGUGCACCGCCUUAAAAUGUAUGUCCGAGGUUUCCCAAGAGUGGUAUUUGUAUGGUAUCUACUAGUUAUUAUUGAAGGUGCAAACUUGACUGUGCUGUAAUGUGUUGCGUCACAAUUAUUGACAUGAAGAUCGGAGUGUUUGAUCAGCGUCACGACAGACUCAAUAUAAAAUGUAUGACUCCGAUUACCUUCUGUCGCAUCACAACCCUCGGCUUACACCUGUACUGAUAUAGGUAUAGCUAGACUGUUUUAUUGGUAAAACUAUUUAAUCCACGGAUAUUAUUUGUUCUAUAGUAUGAAUAUGGUUUAACCGAUACGCUAAACGAAGGGCCAUAACUUUAGACCAUGUUUCAUUCUAGGCUAAAAAUUUAAUUGGUAAGAUAGCUAAUUCGUUUGUACACAAUUUACUUACUGAACUAAAU